GGCCGGGAAACGCAGAACCGGCCAAAGAGUGGCGCGACACGAAGAAGACCGGACUAGGGCUGCGCUUGAGGGGACCUCGCAGGCGCCGAGCGAGAGGCCGGCGUGAGGGAGCGCGGAGGCAGUGUUCGCCGGCGUACCUGAUCUGCCGGUCUCCGCGCCCGCCGCCGGCAUGAGCCACAUCCAGAUCCCACCGGGGCUCACGGAGCUGCUGCAGGGCUACACCGUGGAGGUGCUGCGGCAGCAACCGCCUGACCUCAUCGACUUCGCAGUAGACUACUUCACCCGCCAGCGGGAGGCCCGCGCCCAAGCCUCAGUCCCGCCUGCUGCCCCUCCUUCGGACUUCCACACGCCUGAGCCCGGCCCUGACACUGUCGCCGACGCGAACACAGAGAGCGACUCGGAGGACGACGCGGACUUGGAAGCCUUGAAGGAAACGUGCGCGCUUUGGGCCCUCGUGGUGGUGCGAGCCCGAGAGGUGUGGAGCCCAACUCGGCCCCGCCAGAGAAUCCCUCGCCUCUUUUUGAGACCCUUCGCAUGGUCUGGUUUCGAGGACAAGAGCAUUCACAUUCAGUGA